CUUACCUAUGCACAUGCAUGUACUGACGCACAGACGGGGACCCUCACUCACGCGCACAUACUGUCAUGAUCCAUCGCUCCGGUUCUACGCAGCCUUCACAUGCGUCCCCACCGACUCCGAGUAGCGCUCUCUGCGCCAAGGUGAGCGUGGUCUCUGGGAUCUGUUGUGAGCGGCUCACCGCCUGACUGACCCAGAGAGAGAGAGAGAGAGAGAGAGAGAGAGCCAGAGAGCCAGAGAGCCAGAGAGCGCGCACGAGAGAGAGAGAGAGAGACAGAGAGAGAGAGAGAGAGAGAGAGAGAGAGAGAGAGAGCGAGAGCGAGAGCGAGAGACCAUCUUCCCUCUCUCCAAACUCAUCUUCCCUUCGCUUGGGAGGGACCGCUGCGCCAGCCGUUUGUUUCGGCAUCUUUCUCUCCUCCUCCUCAUCUUCCUCGCUGCGUUUCCGCUUCAUCAAGAGGAGGAACUGGACAGCCCCGUCGUGAUUUUGUGGAAAUACAUUUUUGCAAUAUUUUUUUCCGUGCUGGGUGUUGGUAGCGCGCAGUUGGUGCGCGCCUCUGCAAAUUCCGGUGAAUGGUGGAUUUGGCAAACAUGGAGAGCGUGGAGAAGGAAUGCGGGGCCCUCGGGGGUCUGUUCCAGGCGAUUGUCAAUGACAUGAAGUGCUCCUAUCCUGUGUGGGAGGACUUCAGCGCCAAGGCCACCAAGCUGCACUCUCAGCUCCGAACCACUGUUCUGGCUGCUGUGGCCUUCCUGGAUGCCUUUCAGAAGGUGGCAGACAUGGCGACCAACACUAGAGGGGCAACCAGAGAUAUUGGUUCAGCUCUGACCAGGAUGUGCAUGAGGCAUCGCAGCAUCGAGGCCAAACUUCGCCAGUUCACCAAUGCUUUGAUGGAGAGUCUCAUCACUCCUCUCCAGGACAAGAUUGAGGACUGGAAGAAAACAGCCAACCAGCUGGAUAAGGAUCAUGCAAAAGAGUACAAGAGGUCACGCCACGAGAUCAAGAAGAAGUCAUCUGACACCAUGAAACUACAGAAGAAGGCUCGUAAAGGGCGAGUAGACCUGCAGCCUCAGGUGGACAGUGCCAUGCAGGAUGUCACCGACCUGUGCCUGUUGAUGGAGGAGACAGAGAAGCAGGCGGUGCGCCGCGCCCUGGUGGAGGAGAGGGGUCGCUUCUGCACCUUCAUUGGCUUCCUGCAACCAGUCGUGAACGGAGAGAUCGCCAUGCUGGGGGAGAUCACUCACCUCCAGGCCAUCAUUGAUGACCUCACUGUGCUAACAACAGAUCCUCACAAACUGCCCCCUGCUAGUGAACAGGUGAUUAAGGAUCUGAAGGGGUCAGAUUACAGCUGGUCCUAUCAGACCCCUCCCUCAUCUCCAAGCAGCUCUGGCUCACGCAAGAGCAGCAUGUGCAGCAGCGUCAACAGCGCCCAUAGUAGUGCCUCCCGUUCGUCAGGAGGAGGCGGUAGUUGUGGUAUUGGCGGAGGUGGUGGUGGUGGAGGCUCCCAACCGCACUCACCCACCUCCUCCUCCUCCUCCUCCUAUCGGUACCGCAGCAGCCUGCCGCACCAGCCUCUGCCGCCGGGGGGCAUCGCGGCACACCGCCUCAGCAGCGUCUCCUCCCACGACUCGGGUUUUGUGUCCCAGGAUGCUAAUAUCUACUCCAAGCCCCCGUCACCUAUGCCCUCGGACAUCACAAGCCAGAAGUCAUCCAGCUCAGCAUCAUCCGAGGCCUCAGAAACCUGCCAGUCAGUCAGUGAAUGCAGCUCCCCCACAACUGAUUGGUCCAAAGCAGGUCAGUGUGAACAGCCUGUGGCUGCAGCAGCAGUCCAGAGGAGAAAGGAGCCCCUUGAUAGACUGAGGGAGGGCGAAGCAUCACCAGGCUCCCAGGGGUACGCUGGGACAUCACACCCCGAUGACGGCCAGAGAGCCAGGAACACUCCUACUAAUAUUGCUGCCAAGCAUGGAGAGGAGGUUUCCCCAGCAGCCAGUGACCUGGCCAUGGUGCUGACCAGAGGACUUAGUAUGGAGCAGCAGAAGAACAGCAGAGACUCGCUGCUGUACUCCAGUGGAUACAGCACAGAGACUACAACUCCAUCCUGCUCUGAGGACACCAUCCCCUCACAAGGCUCAGACUAUGACUGCUACUCAGUGAAUGGUGAUGCUGAAGGCCCAGAUGGACAGACAGAGUUCGACAAGUCCUCCACAAUUCCUCGUCACUCUAAUAUCGCCCAGAACUACCGGCGCAUGAUCCAGACCAAGAGGCCAGCCAGUACAGCCGGCCUACCCAGUGGUGUGCAUGUUCAUGGGAUAUCAGGACAAUCUGGUGGAGCUGCUGGAGGCGGAGCAGGGACUCCCGGCACUGCCACCAUUCGACGAACCCCCUCUACUAAACCAGGUGUUAGGCGCACAUUGUCCAAUGCUGGUCCCAUCCCGAUCAGACCACCCAUUGUGCCUGUCAAGACCCCCACGGUUCCCGGAGACUCACAUUCACCUGUGGCAGGGGGUGGUGCGUAUGCAGCUGGAGGACAUUCGGGUGGUGUACCUGUGCGUGUAGGCAGUGAAGAGUGUGUGUUCUAUGCUGGAGUGGAGGACGCACAGGGUGCGCUUGAUUAUGUGAAGGCAUCACCCAAACGCCUCAGCCUGCCUAACACUGCCUGGGGAUCAGGGGCAGCAUUAGAGGUCUAUGCCCAACAGCAUGGGGGUCUUGUAAUGGGGACAGGCUCAGGGGCCGGAUCAGAGGAGGAUCAGAUGAUCGCGGCAAAUCGGCAUAGUCUAGUAGAGAAGAUUGGCGAGUUGGUAGCCAGUGCACACGCCCUUGGCGAGGGGCAAUUCCCUUUCGCCACCCUUCCUGAUGACCCAGGCCUGCCACCAACUGGCUCCAACGAUGCUCAGACAGGGACAGAGGAGGCAGAAGGGUCCGGUGAUAUGUUGACCACUAUCAGGAGAGGAGUCCGCCUUCGCAAGACCGUGUCCAAUGACCGCUCUGCACCUCGCAUCUUGUGAAUCGGGGAGAAGCAGGAAGAGGAUGAUAUUUGUCUGCCAAUAGGGAGUCAGGUGUUGGUGUGGUGCAAUCCAACCGCCUAGUACAUUCACAAAAAACUUAACCAUGUAGGGAAAGCUAUAAUAUAAAAGAAGAUGAAUGAAAACAUAGACAAAAAACAAGUUUUAAAACAUCUUUAGAGUAAAUGAUAUAUAAUAUUACAAUGAUAAUAACAUUGUUAAUGUUAAUCCAUUAUGACAAUUCAAAGUUAAAUACUGAAUAUUGACAGGCUCCUAGCAGGCCACUAUAACUAGUGUGUGUUGGACGCAUGUUUGUCUUCUCUACACCCUCACCCAGGGACGGACAGACUCGCAGGAAAGACAGGUACAAAUAACGAGGCGAAGAAAGCGCGAAAGACUGGGUUCUGUUCUGUUUGCCAACCUACACUUUCCCCACCCUGUACUUUAACUAACUCGACCAUCUAUUCCCAGAUGAAAGACUGAUGACUGAACGAGGGGCCAUGGGGACGAAAGGGAGAAGUGGGAGGGGAUAUCAGGGUUCCAUGUGACCGUCUGGAUUUGAACUGGCUUUCUCAGCAACAACACACUGUACUUAUAAGACAAGUGAACUGAAGCUUUGAUACUAGCACGGGGAGCUAACAAACCAGAGGGCUCCUCUGGUUCAUCCCCCCAAAAAAUACUGUUGGCAUUGAACCGUGCUAGUGCCCCUUCCCCUCUCUCUUGCUCUCUCUCUCUCUCUCUCUGUAUAGUGUGUGUGCAUUCAUGUGUAUGUGUGUGGGCAAAUGUGAAAGAUGGUUGCGUGCGCAUGUUGAUGAAUGUGUGUGCGUGCGCGAGGGGGGUGGGUAAAGCUCUGCUGCAGGACAGCUGGUUACCCAAUGAGGGCAGGGCUUUUCUCCUGUGUGUCGUGCGUGUAAUUUCUUGUUUAUAUCGUAACGUCAUUUACCUUGUUGCCACUGUACGAGACGUUAGGAGAAGUAAUCCAGGCGUAUAGAUAUAUUCAUAUAUAUUUUCUAGAACCAGAGAGAAAUGUUAAAUCAGAAAUGGAGCAAUAAAUGUGUUUUAAUUUCUUGUUUCGAAAAAAAAAGGAUUGAUGGGAGUAUUGUGGAUUCUCCUUUGUCACAUUCAGGCAAUCAUCAGGAAUGCUAAAUUACACAUCGACUGUGAAUUCAUGCCAAGCCAGGUUUGGCCUUCUUUUUUUUCUCUCUCUGUCCCUGUCUCUGUUUGGGGGAGGAUGCUGAUCACAAAAAAUGUUGAGAAAAAAAGGAAAACUGUAAGCACUUUGAAACAAUAGGUGGUAGUGUAGAGUAUGUACUAUAGCCACUAGGUGUAGCUGUAGUCAUACACUCUGUUAGGGAGCAGGCAUGAGAGAGAAGGUUGUCAAUAAGACUGCGUCCUGAGGAAAUUGUUUAAUUUGUGGAAGGAGAGGAAGAAAGAGGAAGUGAAGAAGACUUGUAAUUGGAGUGGAAUGAUUGGUCAAAUGAGAGAUGGAAUAAGGAAGUAAAAGCUAAAUAUUUAUUUAAAAAUGGACUGGAGGUCAGGGCCCUUCAGGGGUCUACAAUCCAUCGCAAGCUGUGGAUUCUUGAAUAGUGCUGAGGGUUUUUAUGAUGUGGUUGAGACUGAGAACACAAUCCCUUAGAACAGCUCUGCAUAGAGAGGUCAGGCUAAUUUUGGAAAUUAGCUUUAGAUGGUUGGUGACAAACCUCAUGACGAACAGACAUGUUCUCAUUAGCCAUGCAGAUUGUUUUGGUUUAAUUUUGUCCAGGUUCACAUAACUGACAUUUCUGUCUCCUCCCUAACAAUCAAGGUGAAGGCAAUUUUGUUUGUGAUUCUCAUAACAUUUAAAGAAUCAUGUUAAAAACAGCUCUUUCUCUGCCCAGAGACAAAGGUCUUGUUUCUCUGGUUCAUCGACAGAUUCUCUUUUCUAAAUCUAUAUAUAUUCUACCAGGAGAUCUUACAGUAAUUUGGAUAUUUUCUCAGACUCAUCACUGUAGAUUUUUUUAAAUGCUAUGUUUUGAUACUGCAAGCACAACAGAUUCAGUUAAUUUUACCUCCUGCGUGGAGGCAGGAAUAUCAAAUCUCAAAUACCUGGGCGAAAAAAUUCCAAACCAUCACCAGGCAGAAUAUUACAGGAUAGGUUUAUUUGAAAUUGGGCUCCACUGACUUUUUAACCAACGAUGGUAGACCUGAGAUUCAAAUUACAUGGAGAUUAUGAUUGGACAAACAUUUCAGUGGCAUGUAUGUAUUCUGAGCUCUGUAUUCAGACUUUUUAAAUUAAACACAGUGGGAUUGUUUUUCCCGCUGUCAAACCCAAUAUUACAAAUUUAUCUCAUAUUUAUGUAUAAAUACAUAUCAGCACAUUGGCUUAUCUGAAAUUAUGGUCUUAAAUACUGUAUCUUGCAUAGUGGGGAGGCAAAGUUAAGCCUUGAACAUGGCUGAGCAACAACCUUUAGCCCCAGAUUCACUUCGGUCAAAACAUUCUCCCUUUAUUAAAUGACAUAGGAACUUCACCGUCUUCUGACCACAUGAUACAUAGUGUUUCUGAGCUGUCGCUUAGCAACAGGUAGCUUUGCUUACGGCUUUGUGAAGUUACCAGCUCGUUGCGGUCUUUAAAAGUAAUUUUACUUACUACUGUUCAGGUAAUGUAAUGUUUAACAAGUCACUGAAUACAUUUUUCAUGGUACUUUCAUGGCCCAAUAUCAGUUCAGGUUUGGCAAUGGAAACAAUUGAAACAUAGAUUUUAUUUAUUCACAGAAAAUGAAUGUAGCUCCAUUGAUCAAGUUCUUUUGGCCUAUUGAUUGUUGUGUGAGCACAACAUUGCUGUCUUAGCUAAAUUAAUCUACCAGUCUACCCGUGUGCAUUUCAGUCCAGCUCAUUGCAGAUAACCCAGUUGGGCUCAGGGCAGGGCAGAAUGCAAGGAUCAUUUGUGGACAUUAAGAAGAGGUGAUGAUGCGUUUACUGAUGACAAAGAAGCCGGAGUUACACUCGUGAAGCUGACAGAGAGAGGAAAAUAUUUGUGGAACGAGCAUUUCACUGCCUGUUCAUACAGUGUGUACUGUAUAUGCUGAUACUUGUACCCGAGAAUCAGGUGCACAGAUUUGGUAUAAAGGUUUGUUAGGAAAUGUUACAUGGACAAUUUAGUUAAUAUUAUUUUUUCAUCCUGCACUAGGUUACUGUUUGAAUAUUAAGUCUUACUUUUAAUUAAUGUAAAAAAAACUCCAGGUGUAACACAAACUACUAAGCUGUGUAACAUAUGGAUGGAGGGUGUGUGGGUCGAGAGCGAGUGUGUCUUUGUUUGGCUGUUGAACCGUAGGCUAGUUGAAUCCUUCAUCAACAUGUCUGUAUGCGCUUUUAGCAGUGACUUGAACAUAGCCAGUGACAUCAGCGCUCCUUUUGUCCACUUAUUUAUUAUAUUUUGCUGAAUAGAGCACUGUUGUAGACAUGUGUGCCACUGUUUUGAAAAUAAAAUUAGGUUGAAUUAAUAUAAAGAUACAGAGAGGAGGAUGUUUGCAAGUUUCAAACAUUGUCUCUGCAGGCACUUUUCUUUCUUUCUAUGCUUCAGCGAGGGGAUGUUUUAUUGUUUUUGUCGGGGGGUAUCACUGUACGUGUCCUGUCACAUGCUGGUGAUGCGUGGUGUAUCAGGUGAAUCAGACUGGGUGAGAGGGUGGAAGGGGAGAGAAGAGGGCUCGGACUUCAUCCCCCCUUCCCUAAAAUAGAAAAGUUAAAGGUAUGAAAAUGUUCCACUGACGUGUGUUUGUUUCAGAGGACACAUUGUACACAAAUAUACGUACAUAUGCUGAAUGUACUACAAGCUGUGUGAAAUGUUGCAAUGUUAGAAUUUUGUUCGUGUACAACUGAAUGAACUGAACUUCCUGUUUGAAGGGCAGGGAAGCAACACAAUAAUAGUGUGCAUGUACGUACAUUCACCGUGAUGUUCCAGUGUGGGCGUGUUAAAGGAAAGUAUCACUGUUUUGUCCACUCAAGGAUACGUGGUGUUACCCCAUCUACAAGCUAUUCCAUACUGCACGGCUCUAAAUAUAUGAUUUGGACAUUUGAAAACUAUCCAAGGACGCAGCUAGAGCCGAUUCCACUUGUCUGAAUGUGUAUGUGCUAUGUGUAUAUAUAUUCUAGUUCAACGUGACACAAUUUAACUCACUGCCACUUGUCUAAAGUAAGUUACUGCUUGAGUAAAGGGUUAUAACACCCUGCAGAUCAGACACGCAGCUCAUUUACAGACAAUGGACACAACUCAGGAUAAGGCUUCUGAAAACAUUGUAACUGCACACUGGAUGACUGGCUAUGGGAUGAGUGUGAGAUGAGUGUAAGCUACAACACUGCUAUUUUCCUUUAAAUCGCCCAAAUAACAGCACAAGUCAUCCAACUAAACAAUAAUUUCUUUUUUUAACAUGCUGUUUUAACUGUGUACUGAACUAACUGUCUGAACAAGCUGAAAUAACUGCUCUGCUACACAAGUGUCAAUAUGCCCAUUUGUUAUGAGUUGUUGUGUCUGUGGGUUGAAGUCAGCAAAGCAGAGCUACAGUGAAAACAUUCUGUAGAAAUACACAUUGACACAAUUACAUGCGUGCAGGCAUGCGUGCAUACACACGCUCACAGAAACACACAGAAACGCAUACAUAUAUACACACUGUAGGAUACACACAGGAAGGACACUGCACAUCCAUGACUACAGCAUGUCUAAACGGAACAGCCAGCGUAAAAAAACGUUUUAAGUGUGGGAAAUAUUUCAAACUUUCAGAGACAUGGAAACAUUUAAAUAUCCUCAGCUCUGCGCUGUCUGCCAGCUUGCGAGCUACAACACCUAGAUUAAUACAAACAUGGAACAUAUGCUACAUUUCUGUCACUUUGCAGGGAGUUUCAUACAGUAUGCAAGCUGACUUCAGAACUAAUGACUUCAGAAAGACUUUAUUUUAGAUACAACCAGUCCCUGAGACUAUAGUGCUGUUGAGUAUUGAGUUUUUGCAUAAAUCUAUAUGCACAAAUUUAAAAUGUUAAAGGAGUUGUUUGACACUUUGGGAAACAUUCAUCACCUUUGAGCUGAAGACAUUGAUUCCACCUGUAAGCAGCCGGUAGAUGGUUAGUGAAGAUCAGCAUAUAUACAGAUGGAAGAACAGAAUAAUCUAAACCUCAUUCAAAGUUACACAAUCCACCAGUUUUUCAAGUGAAAUUCACACAAAAACUGGGUGAUGUGCUUUCAUUCUGGGCAUCCAUCCAAUAUCUACACCACUUUUCCUUUGAGGAUUGUAGGGGGAGCCAUUCCCAGUACACCCUUGACAGGUCACCAUUGCAUUGCAGGGUCAACAAACAGCCAGAUUAUAACUUCAUUCAGACUCACAUUAACUCCUACGAUCAGUUUAGAGUCUCUACUGUUGGGGUAAGCAGAAGCACCAAGAGGAAACACACGCAGACACCACACCCACAAAUACUCAACAGCAACAUUAUCUGCAAAGCCUGGAUGAAAACUGCCAAUUAAUUAUUGUGUUUGUAUGUCAACACACACAUCUUGAACCAAAAGCAAAAGAAAUCUGGAUUUUCAAAACCCAGAUCCCGUUCAUCUUUUUACUCUUUGUUCUGUUUCUCUUUCCGUUCUUAAAUCUCUCCUUAACCUCGACAGAUCGAUACUCACAGGGAGGCCAUCUAGCUGACAAAUCACAACACAUUGCUUGUCAUAGAGUCUGGAUUGCUGUACUCUGUCUCCGUGCCUCUAAGCCCAUGAAAGCCAAUGAAAAAAUAUACUGAUGAAGUCUUUAUUUUCCUCACACUGGAAAAGAGUUCAGCUCUGUUCCUCUCUCUCUCUCUCUGCCUCCCCCUGACUCCUCUUCCUCCCCCUCUCUCCAUGUCUGUCUAUGUCGGUGUGCAGUACUCCACAUGUGGGUGUGUGGUAAUGGCUAACGGGUGGUAUCAUUAUGGGUCCAGAGUGAGCUCAAAGGAGUGUCAGCCAGGGCAAAAUUCUACCUCCUGUACCAGUAACGUGAGCUGGUUUUUAAAGCGAGCAGCUGGAUGUCUCUAUCACAGCACUAGAUUGCAUUUUAAUUAAUUUUGAUCAAGCUUUUUCAGAGAUAUCCUUUUGGCUCACUCUCACAGGCUGUUUACAUUACUUUGAUGGUUUCUUGGUGAGCUGUUAACAGAAAACCUGAAAGAUGCAAAUGUGAGUAGUAGUUCAAUGCGAGGAGGGAUAUUUCAGCCACAUUACCAUCGCAAACAAUCUGAGGGUGAGCUUCUUAGUAAUUUUGCUAUAUUUCUGAUUCGGCUGCUGUCUCGCCUGCUUUUGGGGAUGCCCGGUCAGUACUUAAUUUUUUGAACUGCUCCCGUUUUAAUAAAUAGAUGUCAUACAUUUGUGGAAUAUAGAUGAAUGAGUUCUGGCCAACUUAAAGCUAAAACCUGGUGCCUGAAUAGAUGCAGGGCUUGGAAAGAUGAGCUCUGAAGCAGUGAGAGCUUUUAAUAAAGUGGGGCAACAAACUAUUUGACAUCAAAAUUUCUUCAUCAAUGUCUGAGAUGAAGAUCUCAUCUUUCCAGAUCCAUAUCUUCCAUAACAUUAUUGGCAAGCUACUAAAAACUAAAUUUACUGUUUCAUUAAUAUGCUAUCCUCAAACCACUGUUAGAAAUGUAGAGGCCGAGGAAGAUUUGAGUCGCAUGAAUCGACAAUGUGUCAUUUUGUUAUUGUCAGAUGUGACAUAAUGGGAUUAAAAGUAAAGUAGGCAGGAGCUUGGGCUGCCUGUUGAUGGUCAAUGACCAUAAAACAAUCAGCAGUGGCCAACCCACUCAUUAACUUUGACAACAAUCGAGGAGGCGUUUCCGUAGUUACUCAGAUUUAUGGGAACUGGACAGACUUGUGCACACAGCAUGAACUUCCCACUAGAAAUUUGGUGUGAUUGUGAUGUGUGCAUUCAAAUACACUGACAAUUCUUAACUGUUUGAAAUUAUUUAGAUCAAAAUUUUCUUUUGAUACGAAAGUUAUGCAUUUACGAUCAGACCUGUAUGUAUAACCCACUCCUUUAGCCAUCUGCCCAGGUUAUAUUGAGUGUGUGUGUGUGUGUAUGUGUACACUGUUUUGUGUUGCAUGUGGUUCAGAACCCUGCUGUUCCUCCCCCCACCUCCUACACACAAUCUGUCAAUCGUUCCCACUAUCUAAUCCACUACACACAAAGACACCAACACAGACACACACAUGACUAAGGUAGAUUCUUGGAAGUCACAUGACAGUCCACUGAAGAUCUCUAGAGGGGUUCAUGCUGUAACGCAGUGUAACUUCCUGUCAUACAGCCAUGCAGAUGGGAGUGGCCUCCUGGUUACACGGCCGCUGUAACUAAACUGAAUGUUUUUCUGUCAGUGCUGCAUUUCUUGCUAGUAGUCUCUCGCUCGCUCGCUCUCUUCCUCUACAAACCUCCUUCUGCACUCUACAGAGAAAUCGCUUCACAACUGAGCCGUUGAGUUAUUUCUAUGGGUCUGUUCUGUUCAAACGACAUCAUUGUGACGGAGUCUUCUGCUCUUCUCGUCCCUCCUCAGUAGCCUUGCAGGAACUGUGGUCUUGUCUUUCUCUCUUUUCCCCCUCUCACGUCUUCUGCUCUUCUUCUUUAAUUUAUUGUGAAUUAAUUUCUGAGGUUUUUUGGCCUUUCAGAUGCUGAUGUUGAGGUUUUAUCUUUUCUGUCUUUUUUUUGGUUAAUUUUUGUCACUGCUAAUGUAACAAAACGCACUGUGAUGAUUCCAGUAUUAAUAAAAGUUGUACUUAAACUGUG